GAUGUGUCUCCGAAACUACCGCCCGCCCGCCGAGAGCGGCACUUGCUUGAGAAACUCGUGUGAUGACAAAUCAUAUGUAAAUAUUCACCGUCUGGUGGUAGGCAAACCGCCGGCAACCGUGCUGGGAGCAGGAAAAAAGUGUUCUAGUCGUGAUCAUGACUGAUCCCAGCGAAGCCGCUCCAGCUGACUGUCACCCAAGUAAAAUUGUUGUUGGAUCUCGUAACAGCAAGCUUGCCCUUGUGCAGACACACCAUGUCAUCCAGCUCAUGGAGCAGCAGUAUCCAGAAAAAAAGUUUGACCUGAUUUCAAUGUCGACUACUGGUGAUAAAAUUCUUGAUAAAGCUCUUCCCAAAAUUGGGGAAAAAAGUCUUUUCACCAAAGAACUGGAAACCGCAUUAGAAGCAAAAGAAGUUCAGUUUGUUGUACAUUCACUCAAGGAUCUUCCCACAACAUUGCCGGACGGUCUUGUCAUAGGAGCUGUUUUAGAGAGAGAAGACCCAAGAGAUGCAGUAGUAAUGCACAAGGAUUUUGAAGAAAAUGAUUUAAGUAAUUUACCAGCAUCAAGUGUUAUAGGUACAAGUUCUUUGAGAAGGAAAGCGCAACUGCUUUCUAAUUUUAGUCAUUUGUCUGUACAAAGUAUUCGAGGAAAUCUUAAUACACGGCUGCGUAAGCUCGAUGACAAUAAGCAAUACUCAGCUAUCAUCCUUGCUAUGGCAGGACUUAACCGUAUGGGUUGGAAUGACAGAAUAUCAAAGGUCUUGCCUGGAUCUGAGAUGAUGUAUGCUGUUGGCCAAGGUGCCCUUGCAGUGGAGUGUGCUGAAGACGAUGCCAAAACACUUCAGCUCUUGUCACCUUUACAUCAUCGCGAAACAGCUCUACUUGUUGUUGCAGAGAGGAGUUUUCUAUGCUCAUUAGGCGGUGGAUGUUCAGCACCAGUUGGAGUAGUUUCAGAGUUUAUCAAUGAUGGGAAAAGCCUAGAACUAGAAGGUGGUGUUUGGAGCUUGGAUGGUACAAAGACAUUAAGAAAGAAACUUUGCUGUAGUUUGAAAUUGGACACUGAAGAAGAGCCUCCAAGGAAAAAAGCAGUUCAUUCACAACCACCAAUAUUUUGUGGUAUUGUGAGUCCUGCAGCAGAUGUAGAACUAUAUAAAUUGGCUUUCAAACUGGGUCAAGACUUGGCUGAUGCUCUUAUCAGUGAAGGAGCCUCAGUCAUCAUGGAAGAGGCUCGGAAAGCAAAUGAACUAUCUUAAGUAGCUUUCAGUGUAAUCGUAGUGGCCAUUGUUAUCUUGGUAUUACCUUCAAAUCUGAAUCUCGCUACUUUGUAUUUCCCCCUACUGAAGGCUGUUCAAAGAGUUGAGUGGUUCUAAUAGAAGUUAGAAUUUAGCCUAAUAGAUUUAUUUAGCUACAUUUUUUGUAAUCUAAUUUGUGGCUUCUUGUGAGACUUGUGACAUGUGUCUCUUUAUUUCGGGAGAAAAAACUGUGAUACCAUGCUCAAUCAUUCAUUUUUCUGUCGCCCAUGAUAAGAAGUAAAACUAAACCUAUUUAUUUGACAAAAUAGGCAUGUAUUUCUAUUCUAUUAAUGACUGUUAUUAUAUCAAUUGUCCGAUCAAGCUUGUACAUGACAUUGGCAUUUGCUUAUUGCCGGACUGCCUUGACGCAAUUCAUUUUACACUUUUUCUACAACCAGAUAUUCACGUUACUUUCAUAUGAGUGUUGUUUCUUUUUCUCGGCAGAACAGCAUCAAAUGUAACAAUUUAGGUAGGAAACCGAGUUAUUUUUAACUGAAUUUUGAGACAAUUUACAUUUAUACUGCUCUUUUAUUAUGUUCCUGCUGUGUGGCUUGACACAAGCAGUGAUUGUACCAAUAUUUUCCCUUUCAGGAUUGAGUGGGUUUUUGAAAGAAAUGAAUACAUUUACAAUUUGUUAAAUUACUUUUUUAAUUCCCGAUGGGAAAGUUGUUGACCAUAGUUAUUGGUAAGACUACUUACUGUUACAGAAGUGAAAAUAAAUUUAUUUUCUUCUUGUUAUGCAAAUUUAA